AUGGCGUCCAAAACAUUUCACGAGUUUCAGCCCGUCGACAGAAAGGGCAAACCCUACCCUCUUUCUAAUCUCAAAGGCAGAGUGGUCUUAGUGGUGAACACCGCCUCAAAAUGCAGUUUCACCCCGCAAUACCGUGAACUCGAGCAGCUAUACCAGCAAAUCAACGAGAAGUACCCCGAUGAAUUCGUCAUCCUCGGAUUCCCCUGCAACCAGUUUGGCAAUCAGGAUCCCGGAACCAACGACGAAAUCCAGACUUUCUGUCAGGUGAACUACGGGGUUAGCUUUCCGGUGCUUGGAAAGGUCGAUGUGAACGGUCCGAAUGCGGACCCGUUGUGGUCGUGGAUGAAGGAGAAGCAGCCGGGAAUCUUUGGCUUGACACGCAUCAAAUGGAACUUUGAGAAGUUUCUCAUUACGGCGGAUGGACAGGUUGCGGGGCGUUGGUGGAGCAUGGCGAAGCCACAGUCUUUGCAUGAUACCAUCGUUCGGGAGAUAGAGGCUGGGAGAGGCUGACUUUAAUGUGUGUACAUGUUAUAACGGACCAUAAGUUUAUAAGCAUUCGAGUUAGCGUCUUCGAGUUCUCUGGGUUCUUCCUGUAUGGAAAGUUACUGCUUUAGCAUUG